AUGGCGGCUCGCGCGCCCCCCGCCGCACCUGCGGCGGAGGACCCUGGGGGUCCGGCCGGACCCCUACGCAGGAAGAAGUCCCGCUCCGGUCCGUCCGGCCUCCGCCGCGCCUUCAGCUGGCUGUGGGGCAAGAAGCGCAAGAAGAAGGCAGCGGGGGCCGAGGGCGCCGAACCAGCCGCCCCCCGGGCCAAGAAGGCAGACGACAAGGGCAGGAAGGCAAAGGGCAGAGGCCGAGGCUCUGCCACGGCUGAGAGUGACAAACGUCUAAGUGCAGGGCCUGUCGUGAAUGAGCAGCAGGACAAUGUCUUCUUCCCCAGUGGGCGACCGCCUCACUUGGAGGAGCUGCACACGCAGGCCCAGGAGGGGCUCCGUUCCCUACAGCACCAAGAAAAACAGAAGCUGAACAAGGGCAGCUGGGACCAUGGAGACACCCAGAGCAUCCAGUCCUCCCGGACGGCACCAGAUGAAGACAGUGUCUCCUUCUGCAGCCAGACCACAUCCUACACGUCUGAGAGCUCCACAGCAGAGGAUGCACUCUCCAUCCGCUCAGAGAUGAUCCAGCGCAAAGGCUCCACCUUCCGACCCCAUGACUCAUUUCCCAAAUCAUCCGGAAAGUCAGGGCGGCGGCAGCGAGAGCGGCGAAGCACAGUGCUGGGAUUGCCGCAGCAUGUGCAGAAGGAACUUGGCCUGCGGAAUAAGCAUGAGGCACCAGGUACUCCUCGGCCUUCUGGUCCCCGGGAUGCUGUACGCAUUCCCACAGUGGAUGGCCACCCAGCAGGCCUGGCCUCAGGGACAGGGGUCCGGGUGUCUCUGCAGGCACUGGAGGUGGAGGCAGAAGCCAGUGCCGAGGCUGAGGCCAUGCUGCAGCACCACAUCGACCGCAUCUACCGGGAUGAUACCCUUAUUGGCCGGUCCACAGGGGCCCGGCCCCCACCACUGACCCGGCCCAUGUCCCUGGCAGUGCCCGGGCUGACGGGAGGGGUGGGGCCUCCAGAAUCCCUAAGCCCAGCCAUGUCCAUCUCGCCCCAGGCCACCUACCUAUCAAAGCUGAUCCCACAUGCAGUGCUGCCACCCACAGUGGAUGUGGUGGCCCUGGGCCGCUGCAGCCUGCGCACACUGAGCCGCUGCAGCCUGCUCUCGGCCAGCCCGGCCUCCAUCCGCUCGCUGGGCUGUUUCUUCUCAGCCUCAAGUCCAAGGCCCCGCAGCCGCCACCCUUCCUCCUCCAGCGACACCUGGAGCCACUCUCAAUCGUCUGAGACCAUUGUGUCUGACGGCUCCACCCUGUCCUCUAAGGGUGGCUCUGAGGGCCGGCCAGAGGGCUCUGUGGCUGGCGCUAGUGUGGCAGCCCCUCCCCAGGGGGGCAGUGGGAGGGGCUCUCCCAGUGGGGGCAGCACUGCUGAGGCCUCAGACACAGGCAGCAUUCGGAGCAGUGGGCAGUUGUCUGGCCGGAGCGUGUCCUUGCGUAAGCUGAAGCGGCCCCCACCGCCCCCCCGCCGGACCUACUCGCUCCAUCAGCGGGGCUCAGUGGCCCCUGAUGGGCCCUUGGGGUUGCCGCCCAAGGCUGAGCGGAAGCAGCAGCCACAGCUGCCUCGGCCUCCCACCACUGGUGGGUCAGAAGGGGUGAGGGCAGCACCCUGUCCAUCCAAUUCAGCAUGCAGCUGGGUGCCUGGCUUAUCUCCAGCUGGCUCCCGGCGUCCCCCACGCUCCCCAGAACGGACACUCUCACCCUCUAGUGGAUAUUCGAGCCAAAGUGGUACCCCUACCCUUCCUCCCAAGGGUCUGACAGGUGCCCCGGCAUCCCCCGGCAAGGCCCAGCCCCCUAAGCCAGAGCGGGUCACUUCCCUGCGAUCUCCUGGGGUCUCCGUCUCCUCCUCCCUCACUUCUCUGUGUUCCUCCUCCUCCGACCCAGCCCCCUCAGACCGAUCUGGUUCACACAUGUCGACCACCCUGGGUGACAGGUUCAUCAUACCUCCUCACCCCAAGGUGCCUGCCCCCUUCUCCCCACCCCCCUUUAAGCCCAAGACCCCCAACCAGGCUGCCCCUGCUCUGGCUCCUGGGCCUGUCUCUACCACUGAUGCCAGUCCUGAGUCCCCUCCCAUUCCCCAGACAUCUCCGACCCCACCACAGGAGUCUCCUGUGGUCUCCAAAGACCAGUCACCCCCACCAUCCCCACCCCCAUCUUACCAUCCACCCCCACCUCCCACUAAGAAGCCAGAGGUGGUUGAGGAGGCCCCGUCUGCCCCAGAGACUGCUGAGGAGCCCCUCCAAGAUCCCAGCUGGCCCCCACCCCCACCACCCGCGCCUGUGGAGCAGGACCUGUCCAUGGCUGACUUCCCCCCACCUGAGGAGGCUUUUUUCUCUCUGACGGGUUCUGAGCCUGCAGGCCCUUCAGAACUCCCGGAGCCUGCCAGUCCCUUGGCCACCUUGCCCCCCGCAGCCACUGUCUCUUCCCACAGCCAGCCUCAUGGUGCCCCAGAGCCUCCAGCUCCCCCAGCCCCACCUUCUGCUAGUUCUGCCCCAGGGCCUCUGGCCAAGUUUCCUCAGAAGGAACCAGUGGGCUGCAGCAAGAGCAGUGGGGCCUCCAGGGAGGACUCCGGUGCACCCCUGGUCACGCCCUCGCUCCUGCAGAUGGUGCGGCUGCGCUCUGUGGGCACGCCCACAGGGGUUUCAACCCCAGCGUUGGGGCCACCGGCCCCCCAGAAACCACUACGAAGGGCCCUGUCUGGGCGGGCCAGCCCAGCCCCUGCUCCCUCAGGGCUCCAUGCUGCCAUCCAGCUCAAGGCCUCCAGUCUGGCUACCAGUGAGGGCCUCGUAGGUGCCCAGCCCAAUGGACCACCUGAAGCUGAGCCACAGCCUCCCCAGUCCCCUGCCUCUACAGCCAGCUUCAUCUUCUCCAAGGGCACUAAGAAGCUGCAGCUAGAGAGGCCUGUGUCACCUGAGUCCCAGGCUGACCUCCAGCGGAAUCUGGUGGCCGAACUUCGGAGCAUCUCUGAGCAACGGCCGUCCCAGGCCCCAAAGAAGCCACCUAAGGCUCCCCCACCUGUGGCCCGCAAGCCCUAUGUGGGAGUUCCCCCACCUGCCUCUCCUAGCUUUCCUCGGGCUGAGCCCCUUACUGCUCCUCCCACCAAUGGGCUCCUUCAUGCUGAGAACAGGACUAAAGGGGAACUGGCGGAGAAUGGAGGCGUUGUGCAGCUGGUGGGCCCAGAGGAACAGAGGCAGGGCCUGCCGGGCUCAGACCCACAGAAAGAGCUGGUCUGACACGUCACUGGCACUGCUGACCCAGCCCAGGAACACAAUCUCUCAGGGACCUGAGCAGCUCCAAGGACGAGAGGACUUGGCAGACACAACCUAAUAGAGAGGAAGCCUGCAGCCUUAACCUCCACGACCUUCGAUAUUUAUGCAAGCCUGGUAUUGAUCCCUGCCCUCCAAGUCACCCAGUUCUCAUGCCUUUUCCCAAAUGGAUUCACCUCUGCAGUUGCCACUUCAGUCUUGGCCUUAUCCUCAUCUGGAAGGAGGUAGCUGGUAGGAGUAGGUGGCUGCGCCCCCUGCUAGUCCUGAGGCCACAGAAUUGGGAUCAGAAUACCUCGCUUGAGUUUUUCUUUCCCCCCCAUUUUUCCAUGUCUGAAUGAGCUCAGAGCCACGCACAUACUG